CUUCCCAUCAAAAAGGAUACUUAAAGUUACAGAACUGCCGCGCAUGAUAUAGAAAGUUUUAGAUGAACUAAAAGACGGGGGAAAUGAGCAAGCAAUGGGAAACUCUCAAAGAAAACAGAAUGACAAGGUUGUGAUUGGUUAAUAAGCAUAGCUUUGUUUUGGAAAGUCAGGUUUAAUAUUGGAUAGGUCACAAUUUCGGUUAAAUCCUCUUUCUAGCAUUGUGGAGAGGAUGAGUAAGUGUAAGAAAGAGUUGAGUGAGAAAGAGAGAGAGCGGUUGCUCAUCCGCAGGGCCAGCGGAUCCAACGCCGCUCAGUUGGCUCAUAUGGAGAAGAUGCUGCAAGAAACCAAAGGCCUUCUGGAGAAGAAGACAGAGACAGAUUCAGAAAGCAAAGCAUGUGGUGACACUAUGGUGUCAGAUCUGGAGCAGAAGGUCCAGCGCAGCAAGCGAGACCGCCGCAACUCCCUCCACCGCACACAGCUGCUGGAGAGUCAGAUGAAGACGGUUCGAGGUGAGCUGGUGGGCACGCUGGACCACCUGGAGGAACUGCGCAACAAAUUGCGUCGCUCGCAGCAGAAAUCAGAAGAGCGGGAAGCAGCCAUGCAAAAACUUGCAGCAGGGCUGAGGUGAGACAUCAACUGUCCAUCUUCAGUUCAUCUCAUCGUGAAGACUUGACAACACCGCUGUUCAUCUGAAAUAGUUCCAAAUGACAUUAUAAAAUCAUUUUUUCACACAUUCCUGUGCAACCAGAUGCUGUUUUAAUAUCUCUGUUGGAUAAUUAAAGCAUGCCACAAUUAUUUAAAUGGCAUGUUUACCCUCCAAAGAUAGACACAGUUCUCUCAUUUUGGUUGUCAAGAACUCUGAUGUCACGAUAUCCUGUUUUUAUAUCCUGUUUUCACUGAAAUGCAGCCGUAACCAUAAUUUAUCGGACAUCCACAGAAUGCCAUGUUGACUUGUCAAAUAAAUUUCACACCCUGUCACAUUUGACACAUUGUAUGUGUUUAUUAACUGUAUGAUGGAUUCAAGAAAGUGCUUUUUGUUUUAGUUUAAGUCUUGGAUUUGUUAAGGAUUUGUUUUGUAAGAUAGAGCAACAGAUUGCAAAUAAUGUCUCUUUACAUAAGGCAAGUGGCAAAAUGUGUCCACCGGCCAUUUCUUGAAAUGAAUGCCUUGGUCACCUAUAUUCAUGGCUGUUUUUGCCUUUUUAAAAAAAAUUGGUUUAUUCCUGUGAACUUUCACAUGAUGUGCAAUGUUACACAUACUGUUUCAUUAUUAGCAUUCAGUAAUGCAGGUUAACUUUAGGCUGUGUGUGUUCAUGAUUUUGUUCAUUAAAAUAUUUAUGUC